AUGGAUCCGAUUGCUUCGGUUAUGGAGAAAAUGAAGGGCUUUGCGAAAUCGAGCCAGGACUUAGUCUCCCGCCACUUCGGCUUCCAUGAGAAUCCUUCUCGCCAGAAUCCGAUUGAUAUCUUGAAGCGAUUACAAAGAGAAGCAUUCUCGGAUUUGAUGAAACUCAGAGAAAGACAAGAGAAAGUGGAGCGAAUAAUUUCCUCAUAUAAACUCUCAAAAACAGGUCCUUUCCGAGAGAAUAGCACUCAUUUGAAAGGUGAGGUUGAUGUCCUUGGAGCUAUGUUGCUGAUGGGAAACACUGACGAGGAGAGUUUCAGUGGACUCUACAGAGAAGGAGUGAGACCUGGAUUGCUAUCUAGGUUCAUGUUUGAAACAAGCCUUAGGGAGUCAGAUAAGCUUGUGGCUGAGCUCGUUGCUGGAUACAAAGGGGAAGGAGAUCAUCACAGUGACGUUUCAGGGAAUCAGCUUUCUUUAGCCAAAGUCUUUUACAAGGCAGAGAUUAGUGAUUGGUUCUCUGCAGUUGCUAUUCCUGUUGGCGCUCAUUUCAGAGACAUUGAUGCUGCUAUUGUGUCUUCUUAUCAGGGAAUGAAUCUUACUGAAGUUUCCGAACUUGGACCACCUCUUUUAAACCAAGAUAAUGGUAGUGCCAUAGGGUUAACACUCAGAAGCUCAAACGUCACAGCUUCAAUGGCGCAGUCCAUCUCCAACCUUGAAGUUGAACAGGGUGUGAAUGAAACGAAUCGUUGUUACAGAACUUUUGGCCAAGUCACCUGCGACAUUCUGAGAGGUGUAAAACUAUCUCUGCUGGGAUGUCAUCAAAUUUUAGCACCAUGUAACAACCUCAAUUCCGUUGGAGCCAUUACAGUUCCAGUAAGUUUUCUAAGGCGUGGCACUGGUAUGGAGCCUGAAUCAUCGGCACAGCCUCUAGAGAUGAGCAGAGGAGGUAUGAAGCAUGUGUCGUGUAGCUCCGUUGCUUUGAAGUUAGACUCUCUGAUGGACGAGUGUACGAGAAUUGGGGGAUGGAUUGAAGUUCAAAACACAAGUGAGAAGCAAGUGAAAUGGUCGGUGUCGAUUACAGACAAACCAGAGGAUGAAGUGGGCUGGGGCAUGAGCGUUGGUGGUGUCGUCGAUGGUUCAAGAAAUCAUGACCGGUUUCAUGUGGAGUCGUAUCUGAAAUUCAACUUAGGUGAUCGGUUUAGCUUAAGUCCAGGUCUUGUUUAUCACACAAAGAGUAACGGAAGAACCAUAGGUCUUAUGCUUCAGUCUCAUUGGUCUCUGUGA